AUGGGGUCACCGUUGAUGUGGAAUUUCCCAGAAAUAACCUCAUCGUUCCUUCUUCAUAACCCUAGAUUAACAAAUUUUGAAUGUGACUGUAGACUUCCUAAGCUCAUCUAUAUUUUUUUUUGCCAUCUGAUAGUUUUGAAUGAGCUCUUAUCACGUACUGCAUUUCCUGUCUAUUGCUUUCUCUCACAUUUGAUGGAAGACCACCUGGUUUUGCGUGUUGAUCAGCUGGCGACAAAUAAAUCAAAAUCGGAGGACGCUCCAGGAUUAUCUCCUGAUGCUUCCUGCAGUCAUGCAUCUAUUUCCGUUACUGACAUGAAGGGGGAUGAAGAAUAUGAUACAGCUGGUGAAGAUGAGCCACUUAUUCAGUCAAUUGAAUGUCGUAUCUGCCAGGAGGAGGAUACCAUAAAAAACCUGGAGGUUCCUUGUGCCUGUAGUGGCAGCCUCAAGUUUGCUCAUAGGAAAUGUGUUCAACGAUGGUGCAAUGAAAAAGGAGACACAAUUUGUGAAAUCUGUCACCAGGCUUAUGAACCUGGUUAUACUGCACCCCCUCGGUCAGAAGACACUGUCCUUGAUAUCAGUGCAAGUUGGACAAUUGGUGGUACUCCAAUAGACCUGAAUGAUCCUCGACUUUUGGCAAUGGCAGCUGCCGAACGCAGUCUUCUGGAUGCCGAAUAUGAAUACGAGGACACCGGUGCCAAUGGAGCUUCAUUUUGUCGCUCAGCUGCUCUCAUUUUGAUGGCUCUUCUGCUGUUGAGGCACGCACUCACAAUCGGAGAUGGGGAUGAUGAUGAUGAUGAUGCUUCUGCCUUUUUUGCUCUUUUUAUGCUUCGAGCAGCGGGUUUUCUUCUUCCUUGCUACAUCAUGGCCUGGGCCAUCAGUAUCUUGCAGCGACGCAGGCAAGCACAGGAAACGGAAAGACUGACGGGACUGGCGGCAGCUGCUGACGUGGCAUUCAUGAUGCAGGCAGGGCAACAUAGAGGGUUACAGGUCACCAUUGCACCGGGACCGGGACCUGCAGUGGCACCAUCACCUAUGGUGACCCCACCACCUCCUGCAGUGGGUGCCACCACCACCCAUGGGCCACUUCAAUAAUAGUAUAUGAAUACUGAGGUUGGAGUUGGACUCAUAAAUAUAAUAUGCACAGAUGCCUGCGGCUUUGUUGUCCUGUUGUUUUGUUAUUACACAUUAAGAGGGGUUGUAUCUUCUCCCCCCCUACCUACAAAAUAUCUCACUAAAACCUUUAUAUACCACCGCAAUGAAUUCUGUUUGUAAACUAAAAUUUAAUGGUCUAUUUGUGCAUAUUCUGCGGAA